CUCACGCUAGUCAGUCGUUCUCCGGGCCCCGCCGGCGCGUUACGUGGCUAAGGAUUUCAUAGAGGAUCGCUCGCGCCGCGUGAGAGGGAAGAAAGGAAAGCAGAGAAAAGGAGGAACGCGUCGCUCGAAUCGGCAUCAUUCACGAUCCGUUUUUCUCUCUUUCUCUCUCUUUCUCUCUCUCUCUCUCUCUCUCUCUCUCUCUCUCUCUCUCUGUCUCCUUCAUCUUUACAAGUAGACGUCACACUUCACCACCAGUGCGCGUUUUCUCCCUCACCGCGCGCCCUUCGGCCACCUUCGUCGAGUGAACUCGACUCGAUCGCGUCGGAGAUCGUCGACGUGGUCAGCUAUCAUCACGAGUGCCGGUAAUCGACCGGUCGAUCGAUCGAUCGAUCGACCGCUCGUUCGUCGACUCGCUCGAGCGGAGCAGGAGCGCUCACCUUCAGACGACACGCGACGCGAGUCGCGACGAAUCGAAACGCACGGGCACGGUGUUGAUCGGUGGUGGAUAUAUCGCGACGUCGGCCAGCAGUGACGACGACGACGACGACGACAACAUAACAACGAUAACAGCAACGACAACAACGAGGCACACUCCUGAAGAAACAAGAAGUCAACAUCGCACCAGAGAAGCAGAAGAUUAAACAAAAAUGGCCGUGUUUGGCAUGGUCUCGGCGGUCGCCGGAUUCAUCAAGGUACGAUACCUCAUCGACAAGGCGGUCAUCGACAACAUGGCCUUCAGGGCGCACUACAGAGUCACGUCGGCCAUUCUUUUCGCUUGUUGCAUCAUUGUAACCGCCAAUAACUUAAUAGGCGAUCCUAUCAAUUGCUUGCUCGACACUAACAUCAACCCCCAUGUGAUCAACACGUAUUGCUGGAUCAUGUACACAUUCACGUUGCCGGAGAACAACGCGAAACCGGUGGGCACCCACGUGGCCCACCCGGGACUCGGUGGCGAAUAUGACGGUGAGAAGAGAUACCACUCGUACUAUCAGUGGGUGCCGUUCAUGCUGUUCUUCCAAGGCGUACUCUUUUACGUGCCGCAUUGGAUGUGGAAACAGUGGGAAGAGGGCAAGAUCAGGAUGAUAUCCGAGGGUGUAAGAGGCGCCAUGGUCGACAGUAAGCCGGAGAGGCAGGCCAAGACUGACCGACUAGUCCAGUACAUCAUCGAGACUCUGCAUCUGCACAACAGCUACGCCGCCGGUUACUUCUUCUGCGAGGCCCUCAACUUCGUCAAUGUUGUCGGUAACAUAUUCUUCGUGGACACUUUCUUGGGCGGCGCUUUCCUAACGUACGGCACGGACGUGAUAAAGUUCAGUAAUAUGAACCAGGAGCAGCGCACUGACCCAAUGGUGGAGAUCUUCCCACGCGUGACCAAGUGUACCUUCCACAAAUACGGUUCUUCCGGUACCAUACAGAAGUUAGACGCACUCUGCGUACUCGCGCUCAACAUUCUCAACGAGAAGAUCUACAUUUUCCUGUGGUUCUGGUUUAUCAUACUGGCUGUUAUAUCCGGCAUAGCUCUACUCUACAGCAUGGCUGUGGUGUUGUUACCCAGCACGCGCGAGACGAUCCUUAAGAAGCGCUUCAAGUUCGGCACACCGGCUACAGUGAGCGCGCUCAUCCGAAAGACUCAGGUCGGCGACUUUUUGCUACUUCAUUUACUGGGCCAGAACAUGAACAUCAUGAUGUUCAACGAACUGCUGGAAGAGCUGUGCCGCCGUCUGCAGUUCGGCAGUGGCAGCGGUGCGUCGCCGACGUCAGUGCCGUCGGCGCCCAGCACUCUGGAGAUGUCGCCGAUGUAUCCGGAGAUCGAGAAAUACGCCAAGGACACGGAGAUCUAAACGCGAGGAGGCACCCGAUUCGUCUUGACUCGAUUCCCCUACUCUCCCAGCCCCACCCCUAUUUCUAUUUGUUCGUAUUGUGAUAAUACCGAGGGCGGUCCCGCGACGCCGUCUCGGUGCCAAUAAAGAGCUGUUCGUGCCGCGUACGUCGGAUAUCUUACCGGGCGCGCGCUCGUAAAACAUAUAACGCUUAUAUAGCAAACAUAUACUAUCAGGUCAGCGACAGUCUCCUCCAGCCACUACACUGUCCAUCGGGAUUCGUGUCCCGAUAUUCGCGCGCCGCUCGUAAAACGUAAGCUUGAGCCGGCACUAGGAGAUUCUUCGAAUCUUCACCAUACGCGAGUGAAAAUUUCACUUCGAUGCUCAUUACUAAACGUUUGUAAAACUCACAAGCCGAUCUUCCACGUUCAUAUGAUGAAAGAUCGAGUCGGCCAAACACCAUUCGUGUUCGCGAAACGCGCACGCUGAACAGAAAAUCCCCAGAAUCUUGGGAGCUCGUGCCGAUCUUCGCCCCUCUCCCACCAUUUAACCGUAUUUCCGCUCGACGGAAUUACCACGUAGAUCAUUUUCCGUGCUUCUCGCACCGCGUAUUCUUGUGCGACAUUUCAUCCGACGUCGCGCGCACUCCGACGUGGAUGUCAAAUAUUACACGUACCGGCGCGUAUCACCUCACCGACUUUCCAGUCCGUUGAGAUUUUCGUUCGAAAUGUCUCGUUUACGACAUUUCACUUGGUGACGCUGUUGUUAGCAUCACGCGCUCGUAAAAUUCGAGCCUGCACACGUAAGAACAGCGCGAACACCGACGCCGAGCUUCGCCACCUUCUCGCGCGCUAUAAGGCUACUCCCCGACCAACGUUUGCUACGAGAUUUUCAUUCGCCGCAAAACCCGCGAGCUGGAGCGCGCAACUCGCUCGAGACAGCAUUAUUUUUUGCCAAUUCCCAUUCUGACGAGAUUUCUAUCGCAUUAUUCAUUUUUUUUUGUUGCCCUGACAUAUUUCCACUCGAACGACGCGAACUGGCAAACUGCUACUAUUAGAAGGGGCGUUAGAUUUCGACACGUCACCCGUCCAUUCGCCAAACUCGGCUGAAAGCGAUGCGCUGGUACUUUACACGACCGCGGCACGAACUGACGUUAGAUUAUCAAGUAUAUAAUGUAGACAAUAACACGUCGAUGCUCUCGGGUUGGUAGUAGGAACGUGUAUUCACGUAUGCAUUCGGUCGCAACAAGUUCCGAUACCAUAAAAUCGCAUUCGUUUCGUUGCGAGAAUCGCUUCGACGAGCGGUUUCUUAUUUCAUCAGCAUAUGUUAAUCUCUUGGAUGGCAACAACGUCGAUGGUCUUCGCAAUUGUUUAACGAGACGGACCACUGCACGUGAGAGAGAGAGAGAGAGAGAGAGAGAGAGAGAGAGAGAGAGAGAGACGCCUAUUAUAAUAUAUCACGGUGUUCCUUGACUCCUUCUUCGCAUUACAAACGCAUUCCCUUUUGCGUGACUGUAGACUUCAAGGAGAAGAAGCAGAAAACGAAGCAGCAAGCACCGAAACAGUAGCAACAACAUGCUCACGCGCGAUACGUAACAGAUGCUCCGUAGAUCGCUUAUGUUAAGUGUGUAAGGAAGUGCAACAAUAAUUUACACGAAGCGAACGUCUGUAGCAGAAUAUCAUCCUAUCAGUCCCCGUGAAAUGUGUAUCGACGUAUCGCGUCGAGAGCGAACGGUUCUCACGUCCCACGAUCUCGUCACGAUCGCGUAGAUUUCCACGCGCAGACAGAACAAACAAAUGUGGGAGAUCCCACACGACAACGAAUUCUCGUUCUUUAAGUAAUUGUUACGGAUAAUAAUGUAGAUGUGUUACACACGGCGAUCGCGAGUCCGACGAUAUGUAAUAUUCAGUGCAGGCGCGAAUACAAGCUGUUCUUCGCGCGGAAGGUGAUACCUCCGCGCAGAAGAGAGCGGGCUGUUUGAAGUCAGCGUCCGAGCGAAUGUACGCACGAAUCUCGCGAAUCUCGGAGAUUCCACCGUCGUGCGAUCGAUUAAGCUCUAUGUAUGCAAAAGCACUACGCGUUACUUCACAUCGUACGUCCGACGUGCUGUGUCUAAUAAUCUAAUAGACGAAAUAAUAUGUCAGCUAAUCUAGCAGAGCAGAAGGAAAGAACGUUCGUCCAUUCCAUUUUCAUUAUUUUUUUUCUUUUAUUUUAGAGGUAUUUCCACGCGACUGGUGAAACGGACGUAGUUGAGAGAGACAGAGAGAGAGAGAGAGAGAGAGGAAGCGGUAUAAUAGAAAUUAGACUGACAAAAGGGGACCGCACGACAUUUACGUGAGCGACCGCAUUGUCGGUCGUACUCGAUAUUCCGCGUUUAAACUUCUUGUGUUCUCUUUUUCACAGAUCCCUUCGGGAGAUUUCCCCGUUCUUUUCCCGUCUUCCAGAAAUCGAGUCGAGAUAACGUUCACGACGUACCGCACAUAUAUUCCUAACGAUACGAUGGAGUACUUCGUUAAACUUAAUAGAGAUCGCUUGGAUUCGCUGGCGAGAGCGAAUGAAAUCGCCUGGCCGCGAAUGGGUUUGCAUCUCGUGUAAACUUCGCGCGAUUAAUUGUCACGUCACGGUAAUUCCACUUCCUGUUGAGGGAAACAAUAGAAACUUUAGCCCCACGCUCAGAUAUGUUAGCCGCGACCUCUUAUGUGCAAGGACGAUGUAAGCGUUGCCGACAGCAACUAUGUAACGUCAAUAAUAUAACACUACGAUCCUUCUCCCUUACGAUAUCCGCAACUUGUUAGAUUUAUACACUACCGAUAGUCGCGCUCCGAGUGAUAUCCCUUAAGGUAAGAUGUUAGGACGAGCGAGCGAGUGAGUGGACGAGAGAGAGAAAGAGAGUGUGUAUGAGAGAAAAAACACGAGAGAAUGAGAGAGAUCAAUAAUAGUUUAUAGUUGUUCGCAAUGUGCCUUCUAUAUUGUAGGAUAUGAGAACAAGGAAUACGUUAACGUAUAAGAGUAUUCUUAUCGAUUUAGGAGGUGCGAAACACUUCUCACGAUUCGCGUUUAAUCACGAGAAGAAGACUGCCAAUAUGUGCAACGUCGUUAUAGCGAUUAAUGAGUGAACAAAAAUAAAUGAAAUUCUUUCCAACCG